AUGACCGUUGAUUCGGUCGAGACCUUUACCACGAGCGUAUUGCAAGAUACCCUUAACCCGUACUGGAACGAGUCGUUCGAUAUUAAUAUUCAGGAAGAAUCUGUUAUCACGAUUAGGAUUUUUGAUCAAAAAAGAAUGAAGAAGCAAGAUAGCGGAUUCCUUGGGCUCGUUGAUCUUCAUGUUGAAGACUAUAUGAAUGCUCGCGCUGGACGAUUAAAGAAAGAGCUCUUUCACUUAAAGCUUAGAAAAUCAAGUGACAACCUCUCUGCGAGAGGAGAGCUCAUCGUUCGUUUGUCUAUGCACAACAUCUCUUACAAUUCAAACUGUCUUGAACGUCCUCAAUCAAGAGUUGCUCAUGCCUUGGGCCCCGAGAGCCUCCUUCCAUCCGCCGUCAUCGAGCCCAGCCGUCCCAGAAGGAGCAAUUCAUUCGAAGCAUCCUCUCCCUCCUCAUCCCCUGCUCUGCCGGUGGCCAACCGAGUGCGUUCGAACUUGAAUAAUAAUGGGCAGCCAGGCGUCCUCCGCAAUCUCCCUUCAAUCGCCAGCUCUCCCUUUGCAACUGAUUCUGUUGGCUCGCGACUAUGGACUGUGCCCCCUGUCCUUGAAGCCGUUACUGACACCCACAUCGCCUCCAGUAGUCGUUCCCCCUCUCCUGCAGCUUGGCCAAAUGCUACGGACAUGGACAAUGUGCGCGAUAUCAGUGGCCGCGGGCUCUCGGUUGAAGGUCUGCCUUAUGAAUGGGACGGAUGGGAGCGUGCCGUUGAUCGCUUUGGUCGUGUCUUCUAUAUCAAUCACAACACACCGAUCACAACGUGGACCAGUCCCUAUUAUCGUCCGGACAUUGGUAGCGAGGGUGCGAGAACCGACGCUGACACGUUCGCCUACGAAGAACUCCCCCCUUACACUAGAUGCGAAAUGUUCGAACCUAACGCGGCAACCGCAUAUGAUGUCUCGGGCUACUGGGGCCUCUCACCUGGAUCUACCAUUAAUCUCGAUACCUGGUCAAUCGACGUGGCCCAACUCCCGUCGUCGGCUUUCAAUAUCAGAUUUGCGUCUGCUCUGGAGGAGACGCCCCCACCGAUCCUAGCUAUUCAUCAUCUUCACUAA